AGCAAAAUUUUCCCGAGAAAAUCACAAUUCAAUCAGAAUUAAAAAAUAAAAAAUAAAAAACGUUUUUUUAUGGGAAGAUCAUCAACGACGGAGGAAGAGGAGGAGGAAACUCUGCCGGAACAUCUCCGGUGCAGCAGAACCGACGGGCGGCAAUGGAGGUGCCGGCGGAGAGUGAAGGAAAACCUGAAGCUGUGCGAGAUUCACUAUCUACAAGGUCUGCAUCGACAGCACAGGGAGAAGGUCCCCGAGUCACUGAAGCUUCAGAGAAAGAAGAAGAAAGGGCAUAACAAAAACGACACCGUCGUUGAGAUUAGGUCGAAGAGGAAGCGUGAAUCGACAGAGGAAUCGGUAGCUCUUUCUCCCGCGAGGAAAAAGGCCUCGAAGAAGAAGCAAGGUGAUAUGCAGUUGGAGCUGAUAAGGAUGGUUCUCGAGAGAGAGAUUGAGAAGAAGAAUAAGAAGAACAAUAAGAAGAAAAAGAAGAAGAAGAAGAAGAAGAAGAAGACGAAGGAGAAAGAGAAAGAGGAGGAAUUGCAUAACAGUGAGGGAGAGGGAGAGUUGAGGAGAGAAUUGCCGAAUGGGGUGAUGGAAAUUGCUGCAGCUUCAACACCCAAUGUGGGUUCUCAUUGUGAUGUUAAAGCAGUUACUCAACGUUACUUCAGGUCCAAGAAUGUUGAAAGGGUUCCUCUUGGCAAGUUGCAGGCUGUACCAUAUGGACGAGACUUGAAGAAGGGAAAUAGGAGGAAGAGGUGUCAUUGGUGCCAGAGAAGUGAUUCUUGGAAUCUUAUAAAGUGUUCCAGCUGCCAGAAAGAGUUUUUCUGUAUGGAUUGCGUUAAAGAACGGUAUUUUGACACUCAAAGUGAAGUUACUAUGGCAUGUCCAGUUUGUCGGGGAACUUGCACCUGUAAAGAUUGCUUGGCAAGUCAAUACAAAGACAGUGAAAGUAAGGAAUAUUUGACUGGUAAAAGUAGAGUUGAUAGAAUAUUGCAUUUUCAUUAUUUGGUCUGUAUGCUCCUUCCUGUAUUAAAACAAAUAAGUGAAGACCAGCAUACAGAGCUAGAAACAGAAGCGAAAAUUAAUGGGAAAAGAAUUUCUGAUAUUCUCAUCAAGCAGGUCGAAUUUGGCUGCAAUGAGAAAAAUUACUGCAAUUACUGCAAAACACCCAUUUUGGAUCUUCAUAGAAGCUGCCUUAGUUGUUCCUACUGCCUUUGCUUAAGUUGUUGUCAGGAAUUAAAUCAAGGAAGCACCUCUGAAGAAAUUAACUCUUCUCUGUCCAUGCUACCUGACAAAAUGAAUGCUUGCAUUUCUAGUGAAAGCAGCCUUUUGGAUGAUAAGGCCAUUUCUAGUGGCAAUUUAGCUGAUACUUCAAUAUUACCUGAGUGGACAAGUUGUAAUGGUACUGACAGUGUAUCAUGCCCACCUACAGAGCUAGGUGGUUGUGGUGACAGCCACCUUGAUUUGAGAUCUGUUUUUCCCUUAAGUUGGAUCAAAGAACUAGAAGUUAAGGCAGAAGAAAUAGUUUGCAGCUAUGACUUUCCUGAAACUUUGGAUAAAAGUUCAAGCUGUUUACUGUGUAUUGACAAAGAUCAUAAAACUAACAGAUAUAAGCAAUUGCAGGAAGCUGCUCGAAGAGAAGAUUUUAAUGAUAAUUGUAUAUUUUAUCCUACAGUUUUGGACAUCAGUAGUGAUCAUUUUGAACACUUUCAGAAACACUGGGGAAAAGGCCAUCCUGUAGUAGUGCGAGGUGUGCUUCAAAGUACACCAAACCUCAGUUGGGAUCCACUGGUCAUGUUCUGUGCUUAUCUUGAGAGGAGCAUUACAAGAUAUGAGAAUAAUAACGACUUACUUGAAGCUUGUUUGGACUGGUGUGAGGUGGAAAUUAACAUCAGGCAGUAUUUUACCGGCUCUCUCAAAUGUCAACCUCAGAAAAAUAUUUGGCACGAUAUGCUGAAACUAAAGGGGUGGCUGUCUUCCCAACUAUUCAAAGAGCAUUUUCCUGCUCAUUUCGCCGAAGUAAUUGAUGCUCUUCCAAUUCAAGAAUACAUGAAUCCCGUGUCUGGUCUUCUGAAUUUAGCUGCAAAUUUACCACAGGGGAGUACAAAACAUGACAUAGGACCAUAUAUCUAUAUUUCAUAUGGCUGUGCAGACAAAGAAGCUGAUUCUGUGACUAAACUCUGUUAUGACUCAUAUGAUGUGGUUAAUAUCAUGGCACAUACCACAGAUCUCCCUGUCUCUACAGAACAGCUUACUAAAAUAAGUAAGUUAUUAAAAAAGCAUAAAGCUCUAUGUCAAAGGGAGUCUUCUAAAAUUACUACUGAGCAUGUAGAAGACAGGGAACAAAAGGGAAUGCAGAGUAUGGUAAGAGAAGGAACGAACUUUUUCAGGAGAGUCGAUAGAACAUCUUGCAUCUCCACUGAAGCCAAAACAACAGCUAGUCAGAGUUUAGAUACCAAUAUUUCUGAGGGUGGAGAAUGUGGUUCCAAUUCUGAUACUGAAAAAGCUCAAUACUCUUUACCUUUCCACGGGAUAGAUCAAAGCACUGAAAUGUCUCCAGACCAGAAUAUGUUUACUGAGAAUUCUGGUGCCCAGUGGGAUGUAUUUCGAAGACAAGAUGUACCAAAGCUCUUAGAAUACCUUAAAAGACACUCUGAUGAAUUGUCUCAUGCCUGUGAAUAUCAAGAGAAGAUGGUUCAUCCAAUUCUUGAUCAGAGCUUCUUUCUUGACCAAACUCACAAAAUGAGACUUAAAGAGGAGUUUAAAAUUGAGCCGUGGACUUUUGAGCAACAUGUUGGAGAAGCUGUCAUAAUUCCUGCUGGAUGUCCAUACCAGAUUAGGAAUCCUAAGUGUUGUGUUAAUGUGGUGUUGGAAUUUGUGUCCCCUGAGAAUGUUACUGAGUGUAUCCAAUUGAUUGAUGAGGUUCGUCUGCUUCCAAAAGACCAUAAAGCAAAAGUAGACAAGCUUGAGGUGAAGAAAAUGGCCCUUUAUAGCAUGAGUACAGCAAUAAAAGAAAUACGUGAGCUUACGUGCAAAACAUGAUUGCACCAGCUAUAAUAUCCUUAGAUGCGUCUGAAACUACCGUAUCUCGACCUCGAUACCAUGUCAUCUUUUUUUUGUAUAGAUUAAUUCUCAAACUCAUUAAGAUCUAGCAAGGUACUUAAUUUGAUUACUUUCAAUUUCUAUUCUUUUUUGUUUGUUGUGACAUUUAUCCCUUACCU